AGAAACUGAAGCUGUAAAAUGAGUCUUAACAGCAGUCAGACUCUGACGAUUAGGGGACAGGAUGUGGUCAAGAACGGCAGUCAGCACUCCUGGGAAGAUGCUAGAGCACUUUUGAAGCCCCCCACUCCCUCAAAGAAACCUCCAAAGCCAGAGGACUCCAUUACCAUUGCUGUGUCGUCCAGAGUCCUCUUCAACAUGGACAAGGAGCAGCAGAUCUUCGAGCAGCAGGGCAUGGAGGAGUACAUUAAGUACCAGGUGGCUCAUGAAUCAGAGCCCUUCAGCCCCGGACCUGCGUUCUCCUUCGUCAAGGCUCUGGAGGCAGUCAACACUCAGCUGAGGGACCUUUAUCCAGAAAGUGAAGAGCUCUUCGACGUUGUGCUCAUCACCAACAACCAUGCUUAUGUCGGCCUGAGACUCAUCAAUACCAUCAACCACCACCAGUUGUUCAUUGAACGCUUCUGUAUGACCGGAGGAAACAGUCCCAUAGGUUAUCUAAAGGCCUACAACACAAACCUUUACUUGUCUUCUGAUCCAGUGAAAGUUCAUGAGGCUCUGGAGCAAGGAAUAGCAGCAGCAACCAUGUUUACCCCGGAGAAGAUGGCAGAAGUGUCGGAAACUCAGCUCCGCGUCGCGUUCGAUGGAGACGCUGUGCUUUUCUCAGAUGAAUCAGAGCAGAUUUACAAAGCUCACGGACUGGACAAGUUCUUUGAGCAUGAGAAGGCACAUGAAAACAAGCCACUGGACCAUGGUCCACUGAAAGGUUUCCUUGAAGUGUUAGGAAGGCUCCAGAAGAAGUUUUAUGCCAAAGGCCAGCGCAUGGACUGCCCCAUUAGGACCUACCUGGUAACAGCUCGCAGUGCAGCCAGUUCGGGUGCAAGAGCCCUGAAAACUUUGCGGUCGUGGGGUCUAGAGAUUGACGAGGCUUUGUUUCUUGCUGGUGCACCUAAGGGUCCCAUCUUGGAGAAGAUAAGGCCUCAUAUCUUCUUUGAUGACCAGAUAUUUCAUGUAGAGGGGGCAGCAGAAAUGGGAACGGUGGCAUGCCACGUGCCCUAUGGGAUUGCUCAAAAGGUCCCGGAGAGGAAAGGAAUGAAAGACAAAGAGAUGUCUUCCUUUAAAUAGCAGAAUUGUAGCAUUUCAGACACUCAGGAGACAGAAGGAACUAAUUAUGUGCUGCAUGAUAAGUUUUAUAUAUAUAUAAAUGGAUAAAUAUCUAAUCAAUGCACUUUUAGUUAUGUAUCGUUACAUUAACCAAAAAAUGUUAAUAAUUUUACCAGCACUUUAGAGUAGCCAACAAAUGUUUAUCAUCAUAUAUGUUUCAAAUGUAUGUCCUAAAGCAACGAGUCAAUUUACCAAAAAAAAAAAAAGUUUUAAAUGCCAGGUUGUAAAUUAACAAUAAUUCAGAAACUCAAAUGUUUCCAAUUUGCAGCAAAGAGAGCAAAAAUAUGUUAUGCAAACAAAUACAUUUGGAAAUACAUUUCUAAAAAAUCACAAAAGUUUGUUAUUUUGCUAAAAAAAUAAAAUAUAAUAUUCCUUUUAUUUUAUUGUAGAAUCAAAACUGGCCUGGAAAUAAUAAUUUGGGGUGUAUAACCUUAUUGAGUAUGUAUUAACAGCCUCAUUGACUACAGCAGUUGUUUUAUAAGAAAUGUAAUUUACAAUUGGAAACGUGCCUGAUAAAACAAAAUGAUGUAUUUUUCUGAAAAUAUUUAUAUUUUUACUGACAUCUCUGGACAACAUGUACAUGUUCCAAUUGAGAGACAAAAUACGAUAGAAAUACAACAAAUAAAUGUAUUUAGACAAAGAAAGACUUAAAGAUCCAGCAAUUCUAAUAAGUAUUUAUUUAGAAAUAAAUUAAAGAAAAGAUAAAUCUGACUAUUUUUGUAAAUCAUAGUUUUAUGUAUAUUAGGGGAUUAGUGCAAUUCUACUUCAUAAAGUGUAAACCAGUGCCUUUUAUCUUGGUUCUUUUCUGUGUGUGAUAUUGUUUUUCUUUUUUUUUUUGUUGCUGUUGUUUGUUAGAGUGACAAGUUGCUAAAAGAUUAAUGUAGAUGUUUGUUUUAAAACAUUGAAUUAUCAUGAAAACGCGUGCAAAAAUAUCCUGUUUGAACUUGUUUGAUGUAAAGAUUUAUUUAGCCUCCUGUAUCUUCUGCAGUGAUUAAAAUCAAUUUUGCAUUAUUCACCUUUGCUGCUUUUACCUGAAUGUGCACCAUACCCCAAUGCUGAAACCUGCCUUAUGUGGUUUGAACUUUAUGGCAUUUGGUGUUUUGUUGAUAAACGAAAAACAAUUUGUAAAGGAGGUGUUUGCUGUUAAAUGUGUAAUUUGUGUCAUUUUGUCUAAAAAAAUGUGCAAUAUAAUCUAUUUUAAAAGCAAAUUAGUUAUUCCUCUUCCCUCAUCAGAGAGGGAAUUUAUUUAUUUAUUGCUGUGGAGAUAAUCUAUCACUCAUUUUAAGUCAAUUCCUAUAUUUGAAAAAUGAAGAGGGAAACGGUUUUGUCCUCUCAAUAUUUGCAUUUUUUUUUUUUUACAGCAGGGGGCGACAGAGCCCUUUUUCUUUGGAUUAAACUUAAGUUUCAGUCAAAAAUUUAUUGAAAAAAAGACAAUUUGUUGUUGUUGUU